AUGAUAAUUGAUACAUCAGAAAUACAAGAUAUCGAUUCUUUUUCCAGAGUGGCGUAUUUAAAGGAGGUCUGUGGAAUUCUGUGGGUAUUUGCCCCCAUUUUUCUUCUUGUAUUGGGAAUCACAAUAAGUGUACUAGCAAUUGUAUGGUUAGAAAGAGAAAUAUCUGCAGGUAUACAACAGCGUAUUGGACCUGAAUACGCCGGCCCUUUUGGAGUUCUUCAAGCUCUAGCAGACGGAACAAAACUGCUUUUCAAAGAGAAUAUCAUUCCAUCAAGAGGGGAUAUUCGUUUAUUUAGUAUUGGACCGUCCAUAUCAGUCAUAUCAAUUCUAAUAAGUUAUUCAGUAAUUCCUUGGGGGUAUAAUUUUAUUGUAUCUGAUCUCAAUAUAGGUGUUUUUUUAUGGAUUGCUAUUUCGAGUAUUGCUCCCAUUGGACUUCUUAUGUCAGGAUAUGGGUCAAAUAAUAAAUAUUCCUUUUUGGGGGGUCUGCGAGCUGCUGCUCAAUCAAUUAGUUAUGAAAUACCAUUAACUCUAUGUGUGUUAUCAAUAUCUCUACGUGCGAUUCGUUGA